CAUAAUGGCCAGCAGAAAAAGGGAAUUAGCCUUGCAGAUGGUUGUCAAUAAUCAAGAACAUUGGGAAGAAUUUCUGGGGUCCAAAGGAUUGAUUGUAGUAGAUGCUUAUCAAGGCUGGUGUGGACCAUGUAAAACAGUUGUUAACCUCUUUAAGAAAAUAAGAAAUGAAGUUGGCGGUGACCUGCUGCAUUUUGCUGUGGGGGGAGAAUUGGUAGCUGUUGUAAGAGGAGCAAAUGCACCAUUGUUACAGAAAACCAUUCUGGAGCAGCUACAAGCAGAAAAGAGAGUCUUGGAUCAUGGAGCUGAGAGAGUGGUGAUUCAUGAUGAAGCCCUUCCUAAACAAGAAGAAAGUGCUACUGUUGGAGAAGGGAUGGAAGAAGACAGUGAGAACGAAGAAACAGACAACCUGGAUCAGAGAUUUUCAGCAGAAGUGAACUGAUGGUGUAGUUUUUCCACCCUGUGCCUUCCACCCUGCUAGCAUUCCAGAAGACCAUACACUUUGUUGUUUUCCUAGGCUAUGGAGUAGAGUGGUUAGAACUUGCUCCACUGGAUAUUAGAUAUUAGAAAAUUUUGGAGUGACUGCCAGGUUUGCCAUCUUGUUCUUCUUUUUUAAAAUAUAAAAUAGUUUGGUUUUGUUGUACAAGUAGUUCUUGACUUAUGACAACUGA